UAUUUUUCUCUAUUUUAGUUAUAUCAAGAAAGAAAUUAUCUGCUAAUGUCAACUAUAAGUGCAUGCACAUAAUUCACAUUCUCAUAUUAUAAUAACAUUGACAGUCAAGUGAAACAUGGUCUCAUGAUAUAUGGCCUACCUUGUACUGAAGAAGUUAAAAACCUCAGUCUAACUACACCAAGAGAUUAGUUUUCUUACACGAUUCUCUCCCUUACGUUAAGUUAGGUUAGUGAAAAGUAAUCAUUUCGUACUCGGUUUACUCGGUUUCACAGUGUAAUCAAUACCGAAAUACUCGGUUUGCAGAAAGUACUCGGUUCGCCCAUCACUAGUUCUCACGCUUCUGUUUCGAGACGUGUACGCGUCUCAUACAAGUCCAGCAGCGACAGACGUGUCUCCCCUGUCCCCUCCGGUCAGCGGCCACUGCCAGUUGGCUCUUGGCUGUUAACUGGGGAGGUCUCAGCAUGUCGAAGUGGAAAGGUUCAUAUGAAUCUGGUCGCACUUACCACGCCGAGUGGGAAAAAGAAUUUCCAUGGGUAACAAAAGCAAAAGAUGGCACUCAGCUGCCGAGGAGACAGACGGUGGCUUGGAUGCUCUUCUUGACUAACCAAACCCAGACGUGUAGAUAGAAGCUAUAAAAAGAAGAAAAGGGAAAACAAAGGAGGAGAACAAAGAAGAAAUGAGAAAUGAGGCGGAAUAGGAGAAUGAGCCAAGGUGUAAUAUUUAGUGCAAUACUGGCAGACCUGCAGAUUAUCCCUGCACUGAAGAGCAAUGACAUAUGUGCCUCAGACAGUCAGUUCUACUACGGCGGUGGCAAUUGCAUCCCGAAGCAGCGCAUGUGUGACGGCAUCAAUGGCUGCAGUAACAGAGAGCUGUGUAGCAUUGACGAAUGCCAGGAAAGGUUGUGACCACUUGUGCGCCAACCCUCAAGAGUCAUACUACUGCCAGUGCCGGCCGGGAUACAGACUUUUCAGGAAGUUCAACUGUGAAGAAACAGACACUUUGGUGCUCAACAUUGAUGAACUACCAACAGAGGAGAAUGAAUGCUUGACUGCAAGUGAUGACAUCCUUUCACCAACAUCCAAUCCAUCCAGCACCAGCUCAUCAAGAGAUACAACAGGCCUGUGAAGCAGAUGGAGUAGAAGAAAGAAAUUAGGAGAGGAUGAGGAGGUUUUUACUGCAUGAACAGUUAUUUCAUGGCAAAAUUAGAAGGAAAAAAAUAGUAAAAAUGAGUAUGCAGAAUAUGCAUACUCAUUAUCAUUUGCUGAGCAUUGUCAUGUAAUGAAAAGGUUGCAAGAUAUAAUACAUGAAACAUGUAGUAAACAUCUGUCAUCAGUGCAGUAAAGUGUCUUGUAAUGACACUUUUA